GACUAGAUAUUGGCAAUUUUCACCAGCCACAACACGAUAAGCCAUAUGAUAUAGUUUAUAUUAUAUUCUCUCAAUUUUAUUUAUCAGACAAGAAAAAAAGAGAGAAAGACCACAAAAAUGAUGUAGAAAUUUUGCUGAAUAAGACAACUCACCAUACCUUCCGUUCCGUCCCAGCAAGCAGGUCAAGCACAAUCACACCCAACUCUGCCUUUUCUCUCUUCUCUCACAACCCCUUUUUCUCUACACAGACAAACUUAUUAUUCUCUCUCUUUCUUAACCAACCAAUACAUAAACACACAGAAACAUGCUACUGUGCAAAUCAUUGGGUUUCUCUGCACAGAACCACCCCGCCCCAAUUCAUUUCACUUCUUAAAUUCUCCUCUUUUUUCACUCUCCACACUCAAUUUGAAUUUGAGGUAAGUUUUUUUUCUAGGAAGUUCUAGUCUUUCUGGAUUUUUGCUGCGUUUUACCAUCGGGGGUUGCCGGGAAUUGCCGCACGAUCAUGCCGCCGGCGCUGUCCGAUCCGCUGUCGGUGACUCCGGCGAGCUCCGACGCUGUUUUGCAGCGAUCGGCGCCGGACAAUCGGCGAUUCGGUGAUCUUAGAGGGCUGCAGUGGCGGAUAAAUCUUGGGGUGUUGCCGUCUUCCUCUUCGACUUCAAUUGAUGAUCUUCGUCGAGUCACCGCUAAUUGUAGAAGAAGGUAUGCUAGCUUGAGAAGGCGCCUACUGGUUGAACCACAUGUUCCAAAGGAUGGAACUAAUUCACCCAAUCUUGUCAUUGACAAUCCACUUUCACAGAAUCCAGAUAGUACGUGGGGUCGUUUCUUCCGCAAUGCCGAGCUGGAGAGAAUGGUUGAUCAGGAUUUAUCACGUUUAUACCCAGAACAUGGCAGUUAUUUUCAGACUCCAGGAUGCCAAAGCAUGUUGAGACGAAUUUUAUUACUGUGGUGUCUUAGGCACCCAGAAUGUGGUUAUAGACAAGGAAUGCAUGAAUUACUUGCUCCUCUGCUUUAUGUUCUCCAAGUUGAUUUGGAGCAUCUUUUGGAAGUUCGGAAGCUUUACGAAGAUCACUUUACUGACAGAUUCGAUGGCCUUUUAUGUCAAGAGAAUGAUCUUUCUUACAGCUUUGAUUUUAAAAAAUCUCCAGAAUUGAUGGAGGAUGAAUUUGGUUCUCAUGGAAAUUCUGUGAAAGGCAAUAGUCUUGAGGAACUUGAUCCUGAGAUACAGACCAUUGUAUUACUAAGUGACGCUUAUGGAGCUGAAGGUGAACUGGGCAUUGUUUUAUCUGAGAAAUUCGUGGAGCAUGAUGCUUACUGUAUGUUUGAUGCUUUGAUGAGUGGGGCCCAUGGUUCAGUUGCAAUGGCUGAUUUCUUCUCUUCAUCCCCUGUAUCUGGGUCCCAUAGUGGCCUGCCUCCUGUUAUUGAGGCUUCUACUGCAUUGUAUUAUUUGUUGUCUCUUGUAGAUUCAUCUCUCCAUACCCAUCUUUUUGAACUUGGGGUUGAGCCCCAGUACUUUUCUCUUCGAUGGUUGCGAGUUUUAUUUGGACGAGAAUUUUCACUUGCCAACCUCUUGAUCAUAUGGGAUGAGAUCUUUGCAUCGGAGAAUAGCAGCAUGGGAAAAGGUGCUGAUGACUGUGAGUUCAGGAUCUUAAACUCACCUCGUGGAGCAUUUAUCUCAGCUAUGGCAGUAGCUAUGUUACUUCAUUUAAGAUCUUCACUACUUGCAACUGAAAACCCUACAAGGUGUCUUCAGAGAUUAUUAAACUUCCCUGAAGACAUUAAUAUUGAAAAACUACUAGAGAAGGCUAAAUCCUUGCAGGCUUUUGCACUGAGUGUGGAUAUUUCAUCCUCAUCACUUUUGUUUCUUGGGUCUCAUUACCAAAGUAAAUCUAUGUAUACUACAUCUGUGACCCUUCCAUCUGAAUCUGUGUCUCCGAAAACUCCUCUGAAUUUGUUACCUGAUAGCUAUUGGGAAGAAAAGUGGAGGGUUGCCCACAAGGCUGAAGAACUCAGGCAAGAUAGUCUAGAAAAACAGGUUCCCACUCGGAAAAAGGGAUGGACAGAAAAGGUAAAAUUCAGUUUGAGAAGAGCAAAAUCUGACCCUCCUUUGUCAAGGAUUCAGAGUGGCAGAAAUUUUAGGCGCAGUUUGUUGGAAGAUCUUCGCAAGGCACUUGGCUCAGAGGAAGAUGCUGAGAAAAUGCAGCCCGAUGAAACACUACGCCAGCAUGAUAAUCCUUCUGAAGCAGUUGAAGUAAAAGAAGAUAAUGGCUGUAGUGGUGACAACAAUUACUUGUCUGAUGAUAGAUCUCCAAGUGGAAAUUCUGGCAGUGAGGAAGACUUGUCUAUAUAUUCUGAGCCAACUAGUCCCCCUAAUGAGGCCAAUGAUCAUGAAAUUACCUCAGUGAAAAGUAGUGUUGCAUCUAAUUCACCCCUAGACGAAUGCAAUGAAACUUCAGGUACCAGUUCCUCAUUUCCAAUCUCCAAUCUUCCAGAGAACAUUUCUCAGACAUCACAGUGCAAUACAGAAAAUUCUGAAUGCAACGAAACUUUGCAUACCAGUCCCAAUGAUCCACCCCUUCCAAUCUCCGAUCCUCCUGAGAACAUUUCUCAGACAUCACGGUGCAAUACAGAAAAUUCUGAAUGCAAUGAAACAUCAGAUACCCGUCCCAGUGAUCUGCCCCUUCCAAUCUCCGAUCCUCCGAAGAACAUACCUCCAACAUCAGGGUGCAAGAACGAUGAAGCAGGAAAUACAGCCACUCUUCCUAAAGACAAAAAACAGAAUAAGUUGCAGUGGUUUUGGCCGUUUGGACGGAAUAAUGCUGAGGCAAUCUCUGAGAAAGCAGGAGGUGCUGCAGAAGCUGCCAACCGCGAUAGCACUCAAAACAAUACUCCACAACCAGCCUCAUCUGUAGCUAAUGAGCCUUGUAGUUCUGUUAGUUGCAGUGGGGAAUCUGUUGACAAGAAUGUGAUGGGCACUUUGAAGAAUAUUGGGCAGUCUAUGCUAGACCAUAUUCAGGUAAUUGAAUCUGUUUUCCAACAAGACCGCAAAGGGCAAGUUACUGCCAUGACAGCUCUCAAAGAGCUUAGGAAAAUUAGCAAUAUUCUGUCUGAGAUGUGAGGUGAAUCAUGUGUAUAUAUAUAAAUAUUGUAAUUACAAUUCAUAGUGCCAACAAAAUUAGGUUCUUCUGCUGCUCUUUCUGAACCCCACCAAAAUUUUGCAGAGAGAUGAAUGUGUAAAUAUAUUUAUCCGGGUUACAUAAUAAACAAACUUGUACUUAUGCCUAUGUUUUUCUCUGCAUUCUAGAACGGUGUAAGAUGGUUGCAAACCAAAUACCGGAUUGAGUUAAAGUUUAGGUGCAUAUUUGGUUUGCAGUUGAUGACAGGCAUUUCAAUGUAGCUCCAGCGAAUAAAUACAAAAUGAGAACAAAAGUCAUUUUGCACUGGA